AUGACAUACGCUGAUGAGGACGACAUCGAUUGGAGUGAUGGCUCUUUGGAUGAGAAGGUUAUCGAUACCUUUGCUCGUGCGACUCAACCCAGCCCAUAUGCAGAAACACAGAACGAUCAAGGCUCGCUACUUGUAUCAGAGGUUCGUGAUCAGCACCGUAGAUCCUGCAGCCUUCCGCUCGAAUCAGUUUCCGCGAAUGGAAGCAGCACGGCCCAGGACCCUUCGCGUGUUCAGCGAGCCGGCAUAGGUGUUCAUCUCAACCAGCGUCUACCUUCCAAGGAAGAUUACGUGAAUUAUGUACUCUACCAAGCUAACCAGAAAGCUUACGAGGCCACCUUUUUGAACACCUUCGUAGCACAUGCCUUGCAUCCCAAUCGCAUAGCCCAAUGUUCUGAAGAUCCAACUGGUAGUAUCCCAACUGUUGUGGAAUAUAUGGAAUCGGUGAUUCGUGAGGUCGAUAGCAUCACGAGAAGGAUGAUCUGGAAUGCCCACUGUCGUACGGUCCAUCUGCUCGCAAAAGACGGCAAGGAUGGCGCCCCAUUUCUCGAUAUAGACGCACUCGACGCGAAACCCUUUUCCGAUUACGGCCCCAGCAAUCUCUUUCCUAUGGCAAAAAGAAUGGACGCAUCUUGGCAUCGUACCACUCCAAGUCCUCUCAUGGUUCAGUACUCAACCAAGGAGUACGAGCUUGGCUAUCAAGCAAGUCCUUUGGAAGAGAUUGACGACUUCAAUAACACAUUAUUCCGCAGAAUAAACAUCGGGGGCGUCUUGCCCACUGGACGCGCCGUCAGGUUGUCGACAUCCGGGAAGCGCGAAGGUCAGAAUAUGCCUGGAGCAGCGAUCAGGGAAGAUCGAACCAACUCGCCUGGUAGUAGCCGGCUCCCAUUUGCGCCUUUAGAAUCAAUCUCUGGUUCCCGCGUAUCUCAGCCCAGUGCAGACACUCCAGUCACCAUCAUCCACCAAGCAGACUUAGAUAGUGCUCGCCAAGAGUCUGAAGCUUCCGUCUCUCCAGCACAUGCGCAUGGCAGGCUAUCGUACUCAUCUCCUUCCCACCUCAAAACUCCCUUCGGCCACUGUGAUGUGGAAACUUCGAACAGCGAUAAUGCCAUGCAGAGUAUUGAGUACACAGAGAAGGUAAAUCCAUGGCGAACGAGACUGGUCAACGACCACAAGCGGAGGCUGACGCGGAAAUGGGGCAGCCCACCACAGGCUAUUGAUUGUGCAGUUCAAAGCUUCAAGCAAGCCGUUACCACGGCUAUCUCUAUGGGCAUCCAUCCUGUCGUACAUAGCUACCCAAAGGAGAUCGAGCCUAUCACAACAAGUAAACAACACCAGAAGUAUGUCAGACGCUCCUAUCAGUCCCGGAACAAAGGUGGUUCAGAAUCCACUGAGGGAGCCGCUCCCAAGACGCAUGUGUCGCGUACUCGUCUUACAGGCUCAACAGCAGCUCUAUCAGAGCCCAUCCCAGACCAACUAGCCUCGACUGAGCUACCGAGAACGGCGCCUCUGGCACGAUCAAAGAAGAGGAGGAGAAGGAAUAUAGCUGCAAUCGAGCAGGUUCCAGCCAUGUCCUCUACAGAGAAUUGGAAGACUGCGUCUAAGUCUUGCAGAGGGUCUACACUUCACUCGAACGAUGAGACCUCAUCUACUGGCCAGUCGCCAUAUCCUGGUCUUCAGAAAUCAAGAACUCUGGAGUCUCAUCAGCAUCUUCCCCCCAACGCUUAUUUCAAGCCAAUCUUGAGAGACGAGAAAUUUGCCUGGCGUUGUGCCUUCAAGCACGCAAUGGGUCAUUACUACAAUGCUGGAGACCGCAAAUCCUGUAGGGGCUGCAACACCGCUCUUAGCGAUAACGUUCGUGUUGUCUUGAUGGAUUUUUACAUGCCUCCCAGGACCUUUUACUUCCAACCCGCGCAAGGUAUGCGCUGGAAACCUUCCAAACAAUUAAGCCAACCUCGUAAAUGCGGCUUCUCUUCCCAUGAUGCUGUUGCGAAAGACGCUUACUGGAAAGCUAUCAAUUAUGGUGCGUCGGAAGAAGAAGCUCAAAAAAGGGGUAUUGACGCAGUAGUCGAACACAUUAAACCGAAGCCGCUUCCAAAAGCACCCACACCCGAACCGACCCCAGAAUCGGAGCCCGAUCUUGGCCCCCAUCCAAGCGGUUCGACCACGAUGGAGCAUGGGCAAGAUAUUCCUGAUGGUUACUACUGGGAAAAGCGAGAGUUAGACGAAGAACAUGCCUGGCGAUGUGAUGUCAACCACGGUCUUGGACGUUAUUACCUAGCGGGUGACAGGAAGACUUGCCCAGGGUGCGGAUCCAGUCAGAAAGGUCUUGGUAAGAAUGAAGAGAUGGAUUUCUAUCUUCCAUCGGGAGUCAUUGUCCGACAAGAAGCACCUGGCUUAUCAAAAUUUAAGCCUCGUAAGCCGUACAGGCUGAGCAAAUCUACGACCACGCGAAGAGAACCAAUCACCCACAACCAAAUGUGUGCCAAUGUAUACUUUAGUUUUGUUGCCAACGGGUAUGAAGCAGAAGAAGCUUUGCGGCUUGCGGUAGAGAGAGUCGACAGUGAGCUGGACAAGAAACAGGAGAGUAAGAUGAAGCGACAUGACAAGCAAGGUGGGAGUCAAGGCCAAGAGGCAUUGGGAAAGUCGGGUACUUCAAGUGGUGCUACAAGGAAGGAUUCUGUCAACACAAGCGAAGUCGAUAGAACGAAAACCAAAUGUCGUCGCAACUCUCGAGGUGGCUGUACCAUGGCUCUCGUCCCGAAAAAGCGAAGCGCGAACGAACUGAGCGAAGGAGAGACCUAUGGUGUCGCUGUCGGUCAGGAAGUUGGGUACACUUCAAGCGAACAAGACCCACGGGAUUCUUUCGAGGUCUCAUCUACGGAAGAAGAAAGCUCUGCCUCGGAGAGUGAGUAA